AAGGCUCGGUGGAGCGCCCCCUCUCGGUGGUCUGUGUUUCUGCGGCCGCCCCGCUCCAUCCAUCAUGGCCAUGCACACGAAAGCGACGCCGCCGCAAAUCCCGGACACCCGCCGGGAACUGGCAGAGCUGGUGAAGAGAAAACAGGAGCUGGCUGAGACGCUGGUGAACCUGGAACGACAGAUUUAUGCGUUUGAGGGCAGCUACCUGGAGGACACCCAGAUGUACGGUAACAUCAUCCGAGGGUGGGACCGGUACCUCACCAACCAGAAAAAUUCCAACAGUAAAACCGACAGAAGGAACCGGAAGUUUAAGGAAGCGGAGCGUUUGUUCAGCAAAUCAUCAGUCACGUCUGUGGCGGCGGUGUGCGCGCUUGGCGGGAUCCCGGAUCACAUGAACGAAAAGCGUGAAGCCUGCAGCGGCACAGAAAGCGACACCUCUCCAGAUCUUCAGAACCAAGAAAAUGAGCCAAGCCAGGAGGACACAGAGGAUGUGGACUCCACGCUGCAAGACCUGAAGCCUCAGAAGGCUGCUUCCUCCUCUUCCUCGGGUAGCCACCACGGGAGCCACAAGAAGAGGAAGAACAAGAACAGACACAGCCCUUCUGCCAUGUUUGAUUAUGACUUUGAGUUUGAUAUGAAGGUCAACAAGAAGCCGAGGGCGGACUAUUCUACCUGAAGUGGACCGGACCGGGACGCACAGCAGGACUCUGUCGGCCGACUCACCUCCAGUUCUGGUUGUGGUUCUGCUGGGACCAGUUAGAGUAGAAGCGCUGACUCGUAGACGUAUUUAUUGGUAGCUUGUCUUCGUGUGACUUUGCUGUCAGACCGGUUUCCUUCUUUUAUGAUUGUUUUACAGAAAACCAAUAAAAAAUCCCAAAAGGCCCGUUA